UCAGCCUCAUAUUCUCAUCCAAUCCAAAAUCAUUAUCAUGGGAGAGGUCGAUCCAGCCUUCUUCCAAGCUCCAGAACACAGGCCAAGCCUGCAAAACAUUGAAGCACAGGGAAUACCCCUAAUUGAUCUAUCCAUUCCGAGCUCUCCUGAUGCCUCCCUGGAGGAUCUUGUAAAGAAGAUAGGCGAUGCAUGCAGAGACUGGGGCUUUUUUCAAGUGAUCAAUCAUGGGGUUCCACUGGAAAAGCGAGAAAAGAUUUUCAAUGCAUCGAGAAAAUUUUUUGCUCAACCUAAGGAGGAGAAAAUCAAGAUUAGGAGAGAUGAGAAAAGAGUGUUGGGUUAUUAUGACACAGAGCAUACCAAGAAUGUAAGGGACUGGAAAGAAGUGUUUGAUUUUGCUGUGCAGAAUCCAACUAUUGUUCCUGCUUCAUAUGAGCCUGAUGAUAAGGAAGUUACUGAAUGGUACAAUCAAUGGCCUGAGUACCCCCCUGAACUAAGGGAAGUGUGUGAAGAAUAUGCUAAAGAAAUGGAAAAACUAGGUUUCAAGUUGCUGGAGCUGAUUGCCCUCAGUCUAGGCCUGAAGGCAGAUAGGUUCCAUGGAUUCUUUGAAGACCAAACCACCUUCAUUAGACUCAACCACUAUCCACCAUGCCCUGUUCCUGACCUAGCUCUUGGCGUUGGUCGACACAAGGAUGCUGUUGCCUUGACCAUACUUGCCCAAGAUGAUGUGGGUGGACUAGAAGUGAAAAGCAAAUCUGAUGGAGAAUGGACUUGGGUCACCCCAACCCCAAAUUCUUACAUUAUUAAUGUUGGUGACAUCAUUCAGGUAUGGAGCAAUGAUGCAUACGAGAGUGUUGAGCAUAGAGUGAAGGUGAAUCCUGAGAAGGAAAGAUUUUCUGUUCCAUACUUCUUGAACCCAGCACACUACACCUGGGUGAAGCCCUUGGAGGAAAUAGCGAAUGAGCAAAACCCUGCUAAAUAUAGGCCUUACAAUUUGGGGAAAUUUUUUGUCACAAGAAAGCGUAGUAAUUUUAAGAAGCUUGAUGUUGAGAACAUCCAAAUCUCUCACUUCAGGGUUUCAGAUUUGUCUGACAAAUUUGAGGGAGCACUGUCCAUCAAUCCUUAACAAUAGAUUUCUCCCUUAGAUUGUCAUUAAUUCUGUUAUGUAUAAAUAAAUCAGAAAAGGGUUUGGACUCUUGGAGACUGGACGCAUCUCUUUCAAGAGGUCCAGUAAGUAGUGUUGUGUAUGAAUAAUGGAAUUUGCUUUUCGAAGGCUGUGGAGCUAUGAAUGCCUCCUUAUUAGAAAUAUUGUUUAUAAAAAUAGUUAAAUUUGUUAUAAAUAAAAUUACUAGUCUCGCAACUUUUUACCUUA